AUGCAGUCUGAGGCAACAAUACAACAAAUAACAGCACUUCUGGACGAACAAAUGCCAGAUUUUGCUGAGCUCCUCAAUGAGCCAAGAACACCUUCACCAAUGAAGAGGUUGAGGAAUGAAAUGACCACGCCUAUACUGUCUCCAUCACUUUUAGUACCAUCUGACAUCCUGUUUAGUAAAUAUUUAGAACCUGUAUCACCAGAACCUUUCAAAGACCCAAUGACGUAUUCCCCAUCAGACAGACAAUUUAUUUCACAACCAGAAACUCCAAUACCAUCAGACUGCACACAUACCAAUCCUCCAUCAUCACCAGAACCUCCAACACCUACAGACACACACCUUGAUUUGACAAAGACCAUUACACCAGUAUAUGCAGUGUCAACAAAUGAUGAACCUAUAGAUUUGUCCAAGAGAACAUCAAUCCCAUUAUUAACACCAUCAUCGAUACCAUUACCAUCACCAGAACCACCACCAAUACCAUCACCACUACCAUCACCAGUACCACCACCAGUACCAUCACCAGUACCAUCACCAUUAUCGUUACAAUCACCUCCCCCACUAUCAACUCCAUUACCUGAAGCACCUUUAGACCUUACCGUCAAUGUAGAGCAAGCCAUAGAACCAGCAGAAAUUGAUUGCACCCGACCAGCCAAUAAAUGA